UUGCCUCCCUCUCCCCCAUCUGCCCACUCUGGUUCUAGAAUUCGUCUCAAAAUCAUCCAACUCAAUCUCAAGCAAGAAUGCCUACCGAAAUGAGAGGGCUAAACCAGUAUAUCGCGGAUCUGAGAGCUUGUCGGGUCCGCGAACUGGAGGAAAAAAGAAUAAACAAAGAAAUGGCAAACAUCAGACAAAAGUUUAAAGACGGCAAUCUGGACGGGUAUUCGAAGAAAAAGUAUCUCGCGAAAAUCGUCUUCACUUACAUCCUAGGUUACCCUGUCGAUGUCGGACACAUGGAGGCAGUCAACUUGAUCUCAAGCCCUAAAUACUCGGAAAAACAAAUCGGUUAUCUGGCCUUGACUCUGUUGAUGCACGAAAAUUCGGACUUGGUUCGACUGGUUAUCAACUCAAUCCGGAAAGAUUUGGACGGACAUAACGAAACAAAUAACUGUCUAGCCCUCCAAGCGAUCGCAAACAUAGGUGGGAAAGAGAUGUCAGAAAGCUUGCUACAUGAUGUUUAUAGCCUUUUGAUUAGUCCAAUAUCGAACUCCUUUGUCAAGAAGAAAGCCGCCUUGACGCUCUUAAGACUGUAUCGGAAAAAUCCAGAGGUCUUUCCAAUCUCAGACUGGGCUUUAAGAAUCGUCUCACUAAUGGCGGAUGGUGAUAUGGGCGUCUGUUUGGCUGUUACCAGUUUAGUAUUGACCCUUGCGCAAGAUCAUCUUCAAGAUUUUGCGAUGUGCUACCAAAAAGCUGUCGACAGGCUUUACAACGUGAUUGUCGACUUAGUCACCCCUAGUGAAUAUAUCUACUAUCGAGUUCCAAUACCUUGGCUACAAUGCAAGCUGCUACGACUAUUGCAGUACUACCCACCAACAGGGGAUAGCGCUGUGGCAAACACUCUCCAAAUCGUCUUGUCGACCAUCCUUGAUAUCGCUCAAGAAACUCCCAAAAAUGUUCAGCAGAGUAACGCUCAAAACGCAGUCUUGUUUGAAGCAAUUAACCUGGCCAUUCAUCUAGAUCCGAACUCAGACCUAGUGUCUCGAUCAUCGGUCCUUCUAGCCGGAUUCAUUUUAUCCAAGGAAACCAAUGUUCGAUACCUAGGACUCGAUACUAUGUCACACUUAGCUGCGCGAUCGGAUGACCUUACUGUUUUGAAACAACAUCAAGAUACCAUCAUCUUAAGCUUAAGGGAUAAAGACAUCAGUGUCCGACGGCGAGGCUUAGAUCUGUUAUAUUCGAUGUGCGACUCAACGAAUGCAAAAGUGAUCGUUGGAGAACUACUACGUUACUUGGGGAUUUCUGACUAUACCCUCAGGGAAGAACUUGUGUUGAAGAUUGCGAUUUUGACAGAGAAGUUUGCGACUGAGUACGAAUGGUACUUGAACACCAUUCUGAAGCUGAUGAAUAUAGCGGGAGAGCACAUCAGCGAUGAAGUCUGGUAUCGGGUUAUCCAGAUAGUCACUAACACAGAAGAACUACAAGAAUAUGCCAUGCAAAAGGUUUUCGAGUACAUUCAUCUACCCGUCUGUCAUGAACAGAUGAUCAAGCUGGCGGCCUACAUCAUGGGAGAAUUUGGUCAUCUCGUAGCUAAUAACGAGGGUCUUUCACCGAUCGAGCAAUUUCAAGUCCUUCAUGCCAAAGCAAAUCAAUGCUCGACCAGUACUCGAGCAAUGCUAUUAACAACAUAUUUGAAGUGGUUGAAUCUGUUCCCCGAGAUCCGCACGCAGAUUUUGGAUGUCUUUGAAAAAUACACACAUGUUUUGGAUGCGGAGCUUCAACAGCGCGCAUGUGAAUAUCUUGCGAUCGCGCAAAUGCCGGAUGAAGACCUCCUACAAACCGUUUGUGAUGAAAUGCCACCGUUUCCCGAACGAGAGAGCACAUUACUCAAUCGACUAACGAAGACUCAAGGAGAAACUGGUGAUAAGCGAACAUGGGUGAUUGGAGGCAAGGAAGCCAACAAGACGAAGGAGCAAAAUAGACUGCAAGGCGUGCCUCGGAAAAACCGUAACUCGAUGCUUACCAGCCCUGGUCAAAUCCCAUUGCCCCCGGUGGCUUCCUCUUCAACUAACGAGGGUACCAACACCAAUGGUGCGACAAAUCAGAUAGUGCAAGACUUGAAUGGGCUUGAGCUCGAGACGAAGCCCAAUCCUGUGGAACACGUCGAGCCAGCCACAGCAUCCGUUUUAACACAUGGGGCUGAAAAGCAGCUGAUCCGGUUGAGUUACUUGUCAGAAGGAGUGCUGUACGAAGAUGCGCAAUUGCAAAUCGGCCUCAAAUCCGAGUACCAUGGCGACCAUGGCCAACUGACACUGUACUUUGGAAAUAAAAUUACCGCACCCUUCGAGUCUUUGACGUUGAUGGUGGAAAGCGACGAGCCAGAGGCACUGGCGAUCAGCUUGCCGAGGAUCCCAACCAACACAAUCGAGGCGAUGACUCAAAUCGAGCAGAGAGUUCUAGUAGAAUGCAAAGGGCCGUUUGGAAAGCUGCCAGUGUUGAAAGUCUCCUAUCUAGCCGGCUCGCUGCAAACGUUCACGAUCCGAUUGCCGAUCUAUUUGAGCAAAUUUCUCGAGCCCAUUCAACUGAAUGCGACGACCUUCUUCGAACGUUGGAAGCAGAUCGGCGGGCCACCCAGGGAACAGCAAGAGAUCUUCAAGAUCAAGAAGACUGACAACACCGGCGAGCUGAUGAAGAGUGCCAAGAUGGCUCAGUUGGUGGCCGGAAUGAAGCUCAAUAUCUUGGAACAAGUCGACCCAAAUCCGAAUAACUUGGUCGGUGCUGGCGUCUUGAAUACUUCGGCUAAUGGUAAAGUGGGGUGCUUGAUGAGAUUGGAACCUAAUGAAAAAGCUCAAUUGGCACGUAUAACCAUCAGAACUACUAAUGAUCUAGUCUCAGCUCAAUUAAUCAAAAUCCUGAUGCAACCUCUGAAAGAAAGUUAAACAGAGAAAUAAUAAUGUUUUUGCUUACACACACAUUUCACAUUACUCAUCCGUUGUUAUUUUUUUUCUUCUUCUAUGGGUGGAGAACUUUUCUUUUCAUUUUGUUUCUACACACAUACAAUAAUCCAAACUGUUAUUCUUCUUAUUUAUCAGUUAAUUUGUUACUAGGAUUUUUUUUUCUUUUUUUUUUUC